UCGCCAUAUUUAACUUCGAUUUACAGCCACCUGUGAAUGCUGUGGGCUACAUUGUUUGAAAACAAGUGCAUAUCUCAGGUUGUUGUGUCGCACAGCAACCCUUACGUUUAAAAUUUCUUAAAAAGAUCUGAUAAAUUAGUCGCCUAUGUUUAGUGGUGUAAAUAUCAACGGGGUAGAAAUAAGGUGAAGAAUAUUUUGGUGUAAUAAGUUGUUGGGUGUGUCACUAUGAAGAGCAUCGGCGUGAUUCUGGCUUUGGCCUUUUUAAAAAUAGUAUCGUGUCAGAGAACACCUACAAUAUCAUACAUAUCUCAGGAGCAAAUUAAGGACAUUGGUGAUACUGUGGAAUUACUGUGUUCUGUACAAUACGGCCAAGAAUAUCCAGUUCUGUGGAUUAAAUUUAAUAAGGAAGGUGGAAGUGAUCAGCUCCCUCUGUCAUCAGGCACUUCUCUUAUUGUCCGUGACAGCAGGUUUGCUCUACGAUAUGAUACUGCUUCUUCAACAUAUACUCUACAGAUUAAGGAUAUUCAAGAGACAGAUGCUGGAGUUUAUCAAUGUCAAGUUCUUAUCUCCUUAAACAAUCGAAUCUCAGCCGGGGUUGAAUUGCAAGUCCGCAGACCUCCUAUUAUCAGUGAUAACUCGACAAGAUCUCUUGUCGUCAGCGAAGGUCAACCGGUCCAACUGAAUUGUUAUGCAGGAGGAUUUCCAACUCCAAGAAUCUCAUGGCGCAGAGAAAAUAAUGCUAUUUUACCAACAGGAGGUUCCAUUUACCGAGGGAAUACAUUAAAAGUCUCAGCCAUCAGAAAGGAAGAUCGCGGAACAUAUUAUUGCGUAGCAGAAAAUGGUGUCGGUCGCGGUGCAAGGCGUAACAUUAAUGUAGAAGUCGAAUUUGCUCCAGUUAUAACAGCACCUCGACCUCGUCUGGGUCAAGCUUUACAGUAUGAUAUGAAUUUAGAAUGUCACGUUGAAGCUUAUCCUCCGCCAGCCAUCACUUGGAUCAAAGAUGACAUUGAGUUGUCAAACAAUCAGCAUUACAGUAUAUCUCAUUUCGCAACCGCCGACGAAUAUACAGAUACGACAAUUCGAGUUAUAACUAUUGAAAAAAGGCAGUAUGGCGAGUUCAUCUGCAGAGCUGCCAACAAGCUUGGAACCGCUCAAACUACAGUUCAGCUGUUUGAAACCAUUAUUCCUGUAUGUCCACCGGCUUGCGGUCAAGCUAUCUAUGGAACUGGUGUGAUUCCGAUGUCUUCAGGGCCAUUAAUAGCUCUUGCCUUAGUUCUGGCAGCUUUCUUAAGAAAUUUCUACACCAAAUAUUAAUUAUCCUGGAUUGCAGUGGGCAACGGGAAAUCGCUGCACAGCAUCAAAGUUGCUGCUGACCGUGUUGAGUGUCACCAUUUUUACUAAAUUUUAGAUAUUUAAACGCGACUGCCCUUAGUGGUUGAAUCUCUUUUUUUUCAUUUAUAUUAUUAUUAUUGGUCGAUUAUUUUUGUAGUUAUUUACACCAAGAUACUAAAGGCAAUUUAAUAAUUGAUAUACUUACGUAGGGGCCAACAGUAUACAAAUGUUGGUAGCAUACCAUUCCAGAGGGAAUUAGACAAUUGCAAGUCUAGCAAUAAUAUCAUUGAGUACAUUUCAUCUAUGCCCCUUCACAGGAUCAGUGUAACUGACAAUUAGAGAAGGAUUUAAGAAAUUCAUUGAUAUUUGUAGUGUUAAGUCACAUAUGAUAUUAACUUUAAUGCAGUAGUUGAUAUUGGUAUUAAUGACUUAAAAUUUGUUUUAUCCGAAUGUUGUUAAAAUUCUAUAGUCCUUUCCGAGGAAUAAGACUAUAUUAUAUACCAAUGAGUAAUAAUUUGGUUUUUAAUUAAUCAAGAAAUGGAAACUAUAAAAUUUUAAUCUUGUUACGGGGCCUUUGGAUCUAGUGCUAGAUUAUGAAAGUUGUAUAUUAUAUCUUAAACAUUCCGUGGGUACCUAAUUAAGGGAUGCUGUACGUAUCUCAUUGAGUGCAUAGCCUGAUUGCUCAAUAACAAGGUUGUUUCCUUGUAAUACGUGACAAAACUGUCUGAUUAUAGUUACAUUUAUAGAGAGUUAAUAACUAAUUGAAUCAUAGAUAGAUUUUUUGUAUGCGUCUUUUUUUUACAAGAUUAAUUGUAUAGAUUAACUACUUCAAACAAUACAUUUUUACGACGAAUUUUAAUAAAGGUAACCCCAAAAUGAACAACUGA